AUGAGCAGUAACCAGAAUGGCGAACAUUUGAAAGAAUUAGAGGUGACUGGCUGCACUCUGCUUCGAGACAUUAAAAAGAAUACGAUUGUUGAUAUAUAUGGAGUGGUAACCAAGUUCAAGCUACCUACAAAGACGAGAGGGCAAGAUUUUGUAUGCUCAAUAUCCGUGGCAGAUCCUUCGCGUGGUAUGGGACAAAUGGGGGAUACUAGCAUUAAUUUAUUUCACCACAAUAGCCAGACGUUGCCACAGUUUCGAGGCACAGGCGAUAUUUUCGUCCUACGGAGGGCACGGGUCCAAGCCUUUCAAAACAAGCUACAAUGUGUUUCCAUCAAAAGUAAUACAACAUGGGCAAUCAUACCGAGUAGACCCUCGGGAAAAGACCCCUCAAACGAAAUUGUCCCUGUAAAUAUACCUGGUAUGGUACUAUCGCUGGACGAGAAAGACUAUCAUGUCAUUAGGAUAUUACAAGAUUGGCUCCAAACCAUGCCAAGCAGUGGCAAUACUUUUGCUACACUUGCUCCACAACCGAGCGGUAACAAUUCGACGACUUUUCAAUUCCCUGGAAAAAUGCUUCGUACCAUUUCUCAAAUUAAUCGACCCGGCCUAUUUUCGGAUCUCGUUGCAGAGGUCGUUGGCCAUUACAGCGACACGGAGCGAAAAACAACUCAGUUACUCGUGGUUGAUUAUACCACGAACGAACUGCUCGUGGACCAAGAGAUUUCACGAUUUGGAGUCGCUGGCCGACGCGUCAUAAUGUGUACUUUGUUUGACGAGCAUCAUCAAUAUUGCCCCAAAGUUAAUACGGGUAGCUUCGUAUUCAUCAGGAACGCAAAUUCCAAGCUGGACAUGAAUCAAUGCCUUGAACUUCGAGUCCAUGGUGACCGUGAUCGCAAAUUGAUGAAUCCAGGCGUGCGCUUACUGGCAAGAGAUGAUCCAAGGUUGGUCCCCUUACUAGAAAAAAGGCACGAGUACAUGUCAUCGAUUCAGCAGUUACCCAAGAAGAGUACACUACAGCUAAAUUCAGAUUCGUCCCAACAGCGCGUGUGGACAGUGACAAAGCAUAAAGAUAUUAAUAUCACUCCAUUAAGCACCGUGGUCGCUUCCAAAAUGGCAAACAAGUUCAGAGUUCGAGCAUGUGUAAUUGAUUAUAAACCAAAGAUCAUCAAGGACAUGGUUCGCCCAUGGUGCUCUAGAUGCCAAAAAUCAUGCUCCCCCUGUGAAAACCCGAAUAUGUCAUGUACCUUUUGCAUGGCCAAAAUAACCGUAUACAAGUAUCAAUUUGCCUGUCUUCUACAAGAUGCUCAUGGAGUUCAACUGCCGGUUAUAUUUUACGAUAAAGACGCAGAGAUGUUCCUGUGCAAUUCAGCGCCAUCAAAUUUGUAUUUAGAAGACUAUGCAGCUAGCGAGCUCAAGGAGCAGAUUGACACCAUCUGCCCUGCUGGUAAAAGUAGCAAUGUGUGGCUAGACUUUUGCAUUCAGUCUUAUAUGGUUGAUAUUGACGGCCAAAAGGAUCGAAGAUUCCGAGUGUUUGACACAGAGCUGAAAAUUCAUUAA